GUUAACGUCUGGUGACGUCACCGGGAUGUUGCAGAGUCACUGCGCUGUUCGACUGUAAACAAGAAGAGAAGAACAAACGUCUCCGGUACUCCGGGUUCGGGUGAACUACCGGGAUUCGUUCCGGGAUUCUGGGGGCUUUUAUAAUAUAUAUCAAUAUAUAUACGUAUACGUAGGUUACAUGUAUAAUAAUUAAAGACACGUCUCCGUGUUUUCGCCUUUUAGCUAGCGUUAGCCGUCGUUAGCUAUUCAAAGUCCAACGGAGGGAAACACCCUUAAUGCCCCGGGUACACCUCCCUCUCUCCGCGGCGACCCGGAUACCUUGAACCCUGGGUGGCUGGUCAGAGCGGCCUCCUCCCACCAUGGAGGCAGGAGGGAAGGACUGCGAGGAGGAAACGCUGCAGACGGCCUUCAAGAAGCUGAGGGUCGACGCCGGGAGUCUACCUGGAGCCGUGAGCGCGUCGGAGGCGUCGGCUCCCCGAGCGGCGUUGCGCGGUUGUCUCGACGCCGGCGGAGCAAAGCCCAAAGUCGGCCUCCCGAAGGACAACUGGCACGGCUCCAUGAGGAAGACUUCUCGAGGAGCGUCCAGAACCCAGCGGCGCCGGCGGUCCAAGUCCCCGAUCCUCCACCCUCCCAAAUUCACCUAUUGCAGCGUCGCAGCGGUGUCCGCGCUGUCGACUCCGAGCGGCGGCCUGAAGCACCAGCGGCUGACCGCGCCCGAGCCGCCGGAGCCCCUCGCCACCGGCGACGGGAGAGCGGCCGUCCCGCCGUCCGUCGCGGCCCAGAAAGAGCUUCCUUCCUCGAGCGCCGCCGGCCACAUCUCCCCUCUGGUGUUUGGAUCUCGCGCUGCCUACGAGACGCGCGUCGCCGCCGUACAAGAGACGACGACGGCGACCUCGUCCGGGCAGGACGCCGGACGCUCCGGGGGCGGCGUCCAGUCGGCCGAGGGAAGCGGCCCGGAGACGGGCGCCCGCGGAGGUGCCGAGUCGGCGCCUCCUCGGAUACCCGGAGAAGUCGCCGACUUCCGAGCGUUGUCCGAGAGCCCCCCCGUCCCCUGCUCAUGCGCCUUGAAGGAAACCUCCGGUCCCCGGGAGGAGCCGGGCCGGGGCGCCGGGUCCCCGUGCCGGUGCCGACCCCUCCCUCAGGGCUGGCAGGGCGUGGAGGUGUACUCCUUCACGGGGCUCCGCAACGUCAUAUCUGAGUGCGAGGGGAGCCUGCCGAGCCGCGAGGACGCGCACAGAACUGUCAGAGCCAACAGUAGCGCCUCCGUGGCCUCCAACCCGACCUCCUCCGCGGCCUCCAACCCGACCUCCUACCGGACCUCCUCCGCGACCUCCAACCCGACCUCCUCCGCGACCUCCUACCCGACCUCCUCCGCGACCUCCAACCCGACCUCCUCCGCGACCUCCAACCCGACCUCCUCCGCGACCUCCUACCCGAUCUCCUACCCGACCUCCAACCCGACCUCCAACCCGACCUCCAACCCGACCUCCAACCCGACCUCCUCCUCCUCGCCGCCGUCGGGCUCCCCUCGCUCGUGUUCGGAGCAGGCGCGUUCCUACGUUGACGACAUCACGAUAGAGGACCUUUCUGGCUACAUGGAGUAUUACCUCUUCAUCCCCAAGAAGAUGUCACACAUGGCGGAAAUGAUGUACACUUAAAAAUAAUAAUAAUAUUAUAAAAUCAGAAGGAAAUAAUAUGAUAAAGAGUUGUUUUUCUUCUUCUGCUUCUGUUGGUUGAAGGAACGUAGAAGAAUGGAUCAGGCAUGAAAGUUGUAAUUAAGAUAUACAACGUUAGCUGAUUUUAACCCAGGUUAAAAUGUUUCCAUUCCCCCCCCCCCCUAAUUAUUUACACUGACAGAAACAAAUCUAUUUUCUUUCAUUUGUUUUAUGCUACAUUGAAGUGUUCUGUUUCCAGAGCUCGCUGAGCAGCAGCAGGAACUUGAAGGAGAAUAAGAUGAUGGAUGCAAACACAAGUGUGGGUCGCUUUGACCUGAGAGUCGACUGUCAGGUUUAAUUUCUCUCAAUAAAGAAGCUUUGAGCUUAAAUAAAUGGCUUUUGUUUCGGA